GAUAGCGGCACUGCUGGGGAUCAUGGCGGCGGCGGGGACACGGGGCAGCGCGAUUAGCCGGGGGCCGGGCGUGCUCGGAGCGCCUCGGGGCUGCUGCCGGAGCCUGGGAUGAGGGAAUGGGAGCGCUGGGAAUUAUUUGGGAAUGCGGGCCGGGAAUGUGGGCUGGGAAUGUGCGGGAAUGCGGGAUACGGGCUGGGGGAAUGUGGAGUGCUGGAAUCCCGGCUCUGGGAUUCGGGAAUACGGGAUCUGGAAUUUCCUGGGAUCCCCUGAGGGUUUUCCUGGAAUUCUGAAGCGUUUCCUGGGAAUACCAGGAUUUCCCUGGGCAUGUCAGGAUUUUCCUGGAAUUCUGAGGAGUUUCCUGGGAAUACCAGGAUUUCCCAGGAAAAGCUCCAUCUGGCGCUGCUCCAGCUCCGUUUUUCCCGGUUUUCCCUGCAGGAAUCCCAAGAGGAAUCCGUAAAUCCCGGGAUUUUUGCCUCUGGAAGCUCGAGAUGCGUUAGGAUUCCCAGAAUUCCCAGAAUUCCCUUUCCCUAAGGAAUGCAGCACCAUGCGCUGCCUGGCCCGCCUCAGCUCCAAGGCUCUCCUGGUGCUCUGCUCCCUCCUGGCUCUGCUCUCGCUCCUGCUCUGGGCCCGCUGCUCCCAUCCCGCCCCGGAACGCCGCGGCGGCGCCGCCGGAAUUCCCGAGGGCGAGGAGGCGUCGCCGGGCAGGGCGGCGGGGCCCAGGUACGAGGAGAUCGACUGCGUCAUCAACGAGGAGCAGACGGUGAAGGGGCGGCGCGAGGGCGCCGAGGUGUUCCUGCCCUUCAGCUGGCUGGAGAAAUACUUCCAGGUGUACGGGCGCAUCGCGCAGGCCGAGGGCCGCGAGCGCUUCGAGUUCUCGCACAGCUACUCCAAGGUGUACGCGCAGCGCGCGCCCUACCGCCCGCACGGCGUCUUCAUGUCCUUCGAGGGCUACAACGUCGAGCUGCGCGACCGCGUCAAGUGCAUCAGCGGCGUGGAAGGAGUUCCUCUCUCCACGCAGUGGGGCCCUCAGGGCUACUUCUACCCCAUCCAGAUCGCCCAGUACGGGCUGAGCCACUACAGCAAGAACCUGACGGAGAAGCCACCGCACGUGGAGGUGUACGAGACGGCGGGAGACGGGAACGGCAACGGGAACGGGAACGGGGAGUGGACGGUGCCCAAGGGCUGCUCCCUCACCACCGUCUGGGACAAGUCCCGCCUCACCAGAGUCAAGCAGUUCUCCUGCCCAGAAAGCUCCGAGGGCGUCUCCCUGGAGCUGAACAACGGCCGGGAUUUCGUCAUCUCCUUCGACCUGAAGCUGCUGAGCAACGGCAGCGUGUCCGUGGUGCUGGAGACCACGGAGAGGAACCAGCUCUUCACCGUGCACUACGUGUCCAGCACGCAGCUCAUCGCCCUCAGGGACCGGGACAUCUUCUACGGCGUCGGCGCGCGCGGCAGCUGGAGCACGCUGACCCGCGACCUGCUGACGGACCUCCGCAAGGGCGUGGGGCUCUCCAACACCAAGGCGGUCAAGCAGACCAAGAUCAUGCCCAAGCGGGUGCUGCGCUUGGUGGCCAAAGGCCGCGGCCUCCUGGACAACGUCACCGUCUCGGCCACCGCCCACAUGGCCGCCUUCUUCGCCGCCAGCCGCUGGCUGCUGCGCAACCAGGACGAGCGCGGCGGCUGGCCCAUCAUGGUCACCAGGAAGUUGGGAGAAGGCUUCAAAUCCCUGGAUCCGGGCUGGUACUCGGCCAUGGCGCAAGGCCAGGCCAUGUCCACGCUGGUCAGGGCCUACCAGCUGACCAAGGAUCCGGCGUUCCUGGGCGCGGCGCUCCGGGCCACGGCGCCCUUCAAGCUGCCGGCGGAGCAGCGCGGGGUCAAGGCGGUGUUCAUGAACCGACACGACUGGUACGAGGAGUACCCCACCACGCCCAGCUCCUUCGUGCUCAACGGCUUCAUGUACUCCCUGAUCGGCCUCUACGACCUGAAGGAGACGGCGGGCGAGAAGCUGGGCGAGGAGGCGCGGCUGCUCUACGAGCGCGGCAUGGCGUCGCUCAAGGCCAUGCUGCCGCUCUUCGACACCGGCUCCGGCUCCGUCUACGACCUGCGGCACUUCAUGCUGGGCACGGCGCCCAACCUGGCGCGCUGGGACUACCACACCACCCACAUCAACCAGCUGCAGCUGCUGGGCUCCGUGGACGACGCGCCCGUCUUCAAGGAGUUCGUCAAGAGGUGGAAGAGCUACCUGCGGGGAGGGCGGGCCAAGCACAACUGA